AUGGCAAGCUCAAGCUCUAAUCCACAUGACACAUUGGAAGUUAAAGAAGAAUACCCAUACCCGUCACAUGUUUAUACCCCUAGUUUUGUUAGCUUGAAGCUGAAUGGUAGGGAUGAGUAUCGUAUAUGGAAAACUCAGAUGAUAUGUCUCUUAGAGAGUCAUGUUAUGGUUGGUUUCAUCGAUGGUAGAUUUGUGCGCCCUGAUGAAGACAGUAGUAGUAGUGUUUUGGGGAAGGAGAAAGUUGGUGACCAUCAGACGCACCAUGGGCUGUGGAGAAAAUCAGAUGCCCUUGUGAAGGGUUGGAUCCUUGGAUCUCUCUCUAAAGAAACACUCGGGUAUGUUGUCAAUCGUCUCACAGGAAAAUGCCAUCACAGUGAUUUCAGUGCAAAAGAUGUUUGGGAUGAACUGCAGAAUAUGUAUGGUCCUCCUGUUUUUCCACAAUUGCCUCAUGUUGUUGAAGAUAAACUACAAGAUCAAGACAUAGCUGGGGCACUACAAAAUUUGUACCAUUCUACUCGAAAAGGAGAUUGGGAUCGGGUCGAAAGAAUAUUGAGUGAGGGAAGGGUUACAGUGAUAGACAAAAUCACAAAUAAUGGCAACACCGCACUCCAUGUAGCAGUUGGUACUUCCAAGAAGCGAGAAUUCCUAGAGAAAUUGCUGGAAAUGAUACCGGAGAACACACAACUAUUGGAUCUGUUGUGA